AUGGAUGUAAUUCAGAGAGCUCUCUACAUGGGGGAGUAUGUCUUUGGAACGAUCAAUGUGAUCAUUAUAAUUCUGGGAUGUCAGUGGCAGAGAUUGCAGUAUGGGUAUCACAUGAGAAGGGUCGUGGAUGUUGCUCUGCGGCUUCAUCGUUUUGGAUUCACGCCCAAAUUUGAAGAGCUCAAAAUCUUCUUUCGUCGAUGGAUCUUCAUAUUUGGGAUCUUCUUCAUCAUUGUUGGCUUCAUCGAUCUCAUGUACAAUGAAAUUAUUCCAAAAAGCUUCUUCAGAAGUACAACUGUCUAUACAAUCCCCAAUGUGAUUAGCUGCUUGGCAAUCCUACAACUUGCUGGUUUACUCUUCUUGCAUCGAUCCAUGAUUGCUUUUAUAAAUGAUCAUCUCAUGGAUCUCGAUGGGGUGUCUCCUGUUACUCCAACGAGUAUCACCUUCACCAUGGAAGCCAUUGAAACAAUUGAAUCCUUGCGGAAAAUUCAUCGCGAUAUUGCUCAUAUGGCCGAAGUGAUCAUCUCCAAUUUUGGGAUUCUCAUCUUGACCACCUUCACGGCGUGCUUUCUUAUUUUAAGCAUCCAACUAUUUGCGCUCUAUCAGAUGUUUGAUAAUUACGAAAACACCAAUUUCUUCCUGCUAACUUACACAUUUCUCUGGAUUUUCCUACAUGGCGGGAAAAUUGUCCUUAUUGUGUAUUUCAGCUCUUGCUUAGCAAAGGAAAAGCUCCGCACGGGUAUGGUACUACAUCACAUGGAGAUUAGGAGACAAUUUCAGACAGAUGCCCUUCGGAAUGUCAUCAAUAAGUUCUCCCUACAAAUCCUCCAUGAAUCUAAGUAUCUCUCAGCCUGUGGAAUAAUUGAUCUUGAUCUUAGUCUUCUCAGUACGAUAACAGGCUCUCUAACAACCUACCUUGUGAUCCUUAUUCAAUUUGAUGUAUCAGCUAAGCAAAUGAAGAGUUGCAAUGUACCGAGCGAUGGGACGAAUUUUGCAUAA